CCAAAAUGUCUUGAAAGCAGUUUCAAUUCCACAGAAGUGAAACGCGCGCAUGUUUCCGGUGAGUAAGAUGUGACGUCAACUAGAUGCGCUCCAGUUGCUACUGUGCGCAUGCGCCCGGACUGUCAUUAGCUCGUGUGGUUAGUACCUGCAGUUGAAUGGAGGCUACUACACAACCAGGAGAGUUAAGCAUUGAGUCUCACGGAGAUAUGUUUAGCGAUUUUCUCAGCUGUCGUUUUUGCUAAGUCUCCAGUUAUAUUAUUAGCUUAAAGCUAGCGCCGCAGUGUCUGUUGCCGUUUACUCGCCGGGCGUUUUCCAUACAAGUGCCUGAAAACAUGCAGAGAUUAAGGGCUUUUAAAAGUUGUUGGCAACUGCUGAAAUCGAGCUGUGAAGGAGCAGCAAAACAAGCAAACAACUUGUCUUCCAACUCAAGAAAUUAUUGUAAUGUCCCUCCUGGUGGUCCCAGUUCCUUUGGGCUACUCUUUGAUAUUGAUGGUGUGCUGGUCCGAGGCAGGACACCGAUCCCCGCAGCCAAGCAAUGCUUCAGGAACCUGGUGGACCGCAAUGGGAAGUACAAGGUACCAGUUGUGUUUGUCACCAAUGCCGGAAACUGCAUGAGGCAGACCAAAGCUGAACAUCUGUCGCAUCUGUUAGAGGUGGAGGUGUCCCCAGACCAGGUGGUGCUGUCCCACAGUCCUUUACGAAUGUUUACCCAGUUUCACAAAAUGUGUAUGCUGGUCUCAGGACAGGGUCCUGUCGAGGAAGUCGCUCACAAUCUGGGCUUUGAGAAUAUCGUUACCAUAGAUAUGCUCAGAGAUGCAUACCCUGUCCUAGAUGUUGUGGAUCACAACAGAAGGCCUAAAGACAGUAUUCCACCCACUAAAGGUUUACGUCCAAUAGAUGCUGUUAUUUUAUUUGGAGAGCCAAUCAGAUGGGAAACCAAUCUCCAGCUUAUUGUUGAUGUUCUUCUAACCAGCGGAAAUCCAGGCAAAACCUGGAACUCAUCACAAUACCCUCACAUCCCUGUCCUGGCCUGUAACAUGGACCUGCUGUGGAUGGCAGAGGCGAAGAAUCCGAGAUUUGGCCACGGUAUGUUCCUGGUGUGCUUAGAGAGUUUGUACAAGAAGGUCACGGGUUAUGAGCUGAAGUACGAGGCACUGAUUGGAAAACCAAGUGUGGUGACUUAUAAUUAUGCUGAGCUGCUGGUCAAACAGCAGGCUGAGAAACUUGGAUGGACCACACCUGUUAAGAGGCUGUAUGCCAUAGGUGAUAACCCCAUGGCCGACAUUUACGGUGCCAACCUCUACAAUCGCUACCUCCAGGCAGCUAAACACACCAAGCCUCAAAGGCAGGCUAAAAGCAGCAUAGGAGUAGAUCCCAUUGCAGAAGCCAUUGAUGACACCCCUAAAAUGACAUCUGCAGAAUUUGGUGGAGCAACAGGCGGGUAUGGAUCACAGACGGACCUGCCUGAGGGGUGCAGCUCCAUCCUGGUGUGCACAGGAGUGUACAGCCGAGACCAGGAGGAGCUGCCCUUGGACCCAGCGCAAACAGUCACCGAACAACGCAUCUUUCAUGGUCACAGGGACUUCCGUUUUGACCCCAACCUCACGCAGCCCUCCUUCGUGGUGCAGGAUGUAAAGGAGGCGGUGGAGAUGGUGUUCGAGCAGGAAGGCUGGCCUCUAGAGUAGGAUGAGUUUCACAAACUCUGGCUUCACCUCACAGCUACGUAGUCUAAAUUUAACUGAUAACAGUGAAGGUUUCGAGUGUUUUUCUCUUUUUUUAUGUCCUCAAUUAUUACAGAAACAACAUGUUGCUGUUACUGUGGGAUGGAUUAGAAUCACCUACAAAAAAGCAUUAAUGUGCAGUUUUAAUACUAAAGAUAUGACGGUUAUGUGCAGGCUAGUCUGCCAGAGGUUUAACAUGUAUAUUUUUUCAAGAAUAACAUUUUUUUUAUGUAACUAAAGUGCACGUGGUUAAGGACUCAGUGUGAAGAGUCUGCAUUUUUAGACACCACAGCAAAUCUCUAGUCCUUUUGCAGCAUACAUGAAUUAUUAAAUACAUUUGUAGUUACACAGGUACACAUGAUGCUGCAUUCAUAUUCAUAAGAUGUUUAACUGUAGCACAUUUACACCUGUGAACAGUGUUCAUGUUCACACAGAGCUCUAAACAAGGCUCAAACGCUGCUCUGUGACAAAAGCAGUUAUUAUUCAGGGGAUAGUAGAUUUUAUUUUAUGCAUGAUGAUCUGUCAUCUUACCUUGAAAAUGCCUUCUGAGGGAGUUUAGUAGUUUUUACUGCUGUUAUAUUCCUGCUUGCUUUGUUUUUAAGCCAGCAUAACUACUAAUGUUCAAGAGAUUAAACUACCUGCCUAGUUCUUAUACAGUGCAAUCUAUUUGUGAAAUAGACUAAAUUACAUUUUAAGAGUCUCCAGAGAAAAAAAUUAAGUUCUAUUUUUCUAUCAAGUGGUAAAAAUAGAGUUUUUCUGUGUUUAUGUAUCUGACUUAAAGACAGAUGCAGCAGUUUUCUUUGAUAGCUCAUCUUACUUGUAACUGUGGAGCUCUGGGAAUGUACUGUAAAAGCCACCAAGUAGGAAAGAACAAUUAAAAAAGAUGGAAAAACACAAAUUCCAGUGAAGUCUUUGCUGUUUUGGUACAUCACAUGUUAUCACUUAACCCUUGAGGAAUAUUACAGAAUGCAUUUAAUAGUUUAAAACUGUUUUAAAAAUCCGUCCUUCUGUUUAAAUACUGACAAUAAAACAAGUAUAAACCUUU